GCUGCUGGCAGUGUAUCGUCAUUUACACCAGGAAGUUUACACUGUUCUGUCACUGGAUGCAGGAUGGAAAGCUUAGCCGCUGUACUUUGAAAGAGCACCGAGCACCAUGGGUAACACUGAGAGUGUGGUGGUACAGAGGCGGUUGGCCCGCUUCCGCCCAGAGGAGCGGCAUGUGGUUGAAGGGGUCUUCAACAAGCUCCAGGCUGAUACUGGGGGCCCCUCAGGAGCCACAGAGAAUACACCACCAGGGAAGGCUCUAACACUUGAGAUGCUGCAGUCCUCAAUGGACAGCCUGGCUUCAGACUCCAUGAUAAAGAGGGUCUACCAGUGUAUGUGUAGUAUUGACCCUGGUCUGGCAAUGCCUGCAGCCUCUGGGAAGACUGGCACCUCUGUAAUCUCUGGAGUAAGUCGGGAGCAGCUGGUUAUCUUCCUUGCAGACACUUUGCGAGGCACUGCAGAAGAACGGGCUCCUCUGGUCAUGGCCAUGUCCCAGUGUGGGGCAGGGGCAGCAACAGCUGUCACAUGUGAGCAGGUAGCAGAGUUCCUACAGGAUCUGAUCUCUGCUGUAGUGCAGAUUCUUGUCCACAGAGGGCGCCUGCAGGGCUGGAAGCCAGAGAGAAUGGGUGACGGCUCCCUGGGAGUCAAACUCCUGGCAGAGCAAAUGUGGUCUGAACUCAAACCCACAGAUCAGGGAGAUUGUGAUGUUUCCUCUCUGGAGGACUGGAUCUUCAGGGUCUCCCAGGUGUCUUUGUACCUGGAGAUGCUGGUGGCUGAGGGCCUAAAUGUGUUCCUUAGUGGUCGGCCUGCACCCACCCUGCUGCCCCCCUGCAUUGAGACUCCCUGGAAAGAGCUAAAGUGUCUGCUGGACCUUCCCACCGUCAUGUUUCUGGCACCACAGUUGCCAGACAGCUACAGUGCCCCCUGGAGACUUGUGUUCUCCACACGGCUUCAUGGGGAGAGCUUCACCAGGAUGGUGGCUGGCCUAAUAAAGCGUGGGCCCACCCUGCUGCUUGUUAAAGACUCUAAGGGACAUAUUUUUGGGGGCUUCGCCUCGCACCCAUGGGAGGUCAAACCUCAGUUCCAGGGUGACUCCAGAUGCUUCCUGUUCACUGUGUUCCCCAGACUGAGAGUUUAUACAGCAACAGGAUACAACCAGCACUUUAUGUAUCUCAACCAGAAUCAGCAGACCAUGCCCAACGGACUGGGUAUGGGCGGUCAGCAUAGCUACUUCGGCCUGUGGCUGGACAGUGAUUUCGGCCACGGUCAUAGCCGCGCGCGGCCCAGGUGCACCACCUAUGGCAGCCCUCAGCUCUCUGGAGAAGAGGACUUCACCCUGGAAUCAAUGGAAGUCUGGGCAGUCGGAAAACCACCAGAACCAGAGGAGGGAGAGGGGGCGGGGGGCAAGAGGAGUAUUCUGGAUGUAGAUCCAGAAACCCAGGCCAUGAUGGAGAUGACAGGGAAGACUCUGCACAGUCAGGGCCUCAGGGAGCCAGAGGAGGACCAGGAGCAGUGAGGGACAACAGGAAGAGAGACUAAAGGUUGAGACUCCUGGUUCACCUGGUUUUGACACAUGGUGGGAUUUUACCAUCUGAUAUAGAUGGAUAACAUUUACAUUAGGACAUAUUGCAAUAUACACAGAGAUAUUUCUGUCAUGCUGCUUGGAUCCUUUUACACAACCUGCGGAUUCUUUUAAUGACACAUGGCACUAAAGUCAUCUUCAUGUGUACAUCAACCAGCUUUAAAAGAUAGGAAGAUAUUACAGCAUAAACCAGGCUAAGACAGCCAAACUGAGUCUAAAAGGCUGCUUAUAAGCCAGCUGUCGUCAUCACUGUGAAAAAGAUCAGUGUGUCAUGGGUGUGUUCACACUUAAUUCUACCAAGCUACACUGGUGUUUGACAGAAGAAAACUUCUAAAUGAAUAUUCAAGAAAUAGCACAGAAAAAUCCAUCAGGGAAGCAAAACCCACUGUAAGAAAAGUAUAUUUGUGAAUUGCUGUGUGACAGAUUGUUUAAUUGCUAAAGUACUGAACAACAACAACAACUCUGAGCCAAUAUAUCUAUGUGUGAAGGAUCCUGACUGCAGACUGACACAGCUGUGGAUAAUAUUAAUGGGUAUAAGAGACAAAAAGUAUUUCUAACUACAGACUGGAUGCACCAGUGGAGUAUAUUUUUGUUUUAUUGUUGUUGUUAUUGUUAUUAUUUGAUGGCUUGUCAUCCCACAUCAUGACCCAGAUAUUAAAUGAGAGGUUCAACUGA